CGGCGGCUGGCGCGGCUGGCGCCCUGGAGUCCACGAAGACGAUGCUAACAACCGCGCUCUUCCCGAUACUGAGUCUGACGGGCGAGCAGAUGCUGGGCGUGCUCGGCGAAGCCCGUGUAUCGCGGACGCGCGGGCGCUCUGCGAUUCAGCCAUUUCGCAACCGCCAGCGGGCGUGCUGCGCUGACCGAGCGCAAAGCGGCAUUGAGAUCCUGCGGGUGAACGAGAAGAUGGAGGCCUGCAGCAGUGUGUGGCCAUGGACAGACAAGCUCCAACAGAUGGCGGACGGGCUGACCAAGCUACAGGUGCGACAGCAGUUUGUGGACAUGCCGAGGAGGAUGACCCGCGCGCUGAAGUGCGAUGCGGCGUUCGUGGCGUGCCAGGAAUCAGUCAGAAGGUCAGAUCAGAGGCAGGGCAAGAUCUGGCGGAUGCGGCGGUUGGCUUCGGCGAGGCGAACGUGGCAGAGGGCGAUGGGGGUCAGCCAGGUCGAGAUCACCGAGAAGGAGUUGGAGGCGACGAGAGUGGGGGCUAACGCGGCGCAGCGGCUGUCGCGAGCUGCGUCGAUGGCGGCGAUGGCGACGCAGGCAAGGGCGACAGAGGAAGCAUGUGCUAACCAGCCCAGCGCUGAUGACGUACCCUGUGUGAUGAUCGUGACUAUCAUCGGCGUGCUCAUUCUGAUCGCCAUGACGUGUGCGUGCGUUGUGUGGUUUACGUGCUGGCGCAAUUAUCGUGACAAGAAGCAGUUCCUGGAGGAUCUGCAGAGGUCGGAGGACAACUGCGGGAUGGACAACGGCGCGUUGCAGGAGAAGCUGAAGAUGAUCACGGACCUUGAGGAGGACCUCGAAUCUUUGUUCGUGGACUUCGAGGAUCGUGGCAAGACGAUCAUGAGCCAGCGGGCGGAACUGACAG